AUCAUCCACCUACAUACAUAACAUAGACCAUCAUCAAACAUAGGCAUAAACCGCAUCUUUUCCCUAUUUAUUCAUCCUCUUUGCCUCCUCUCCUGCUCUUCAAACAGCUCUUCACUAGCCCUCUCAAAUUCCCAACCAAAAGAAAACAAAAUCCAUACAAUUCCGUCAACCAAUGGGUGAGCAAAAGGAAGGAACAAAACCUGAAGCCGAGAAGAAACCCGCCGCCGAUGCCGGCGGUAAGAAAGAUGACGGCAAGGUCGCCGCCGUCUACAAGAUUGAUAUGCAUUGUGAAGGUUGUGCCAAGAAGAUCAAACGCUCGAUUAAGCAUUACGAAGGUGUGGAAGAUGUGCAGGCGGAUUGUGGAGCCAACAAACUGACGGUGAUUGGCAAAUUUAACCCUGCCAUAGUCAGAGAUAGAUUGGCUGAAAAAACCAAGAAGAAAGUUGACCUUAUUUCUCCUCAGCCUAAGAAAGAUGCUGCCCCAGCCGCCGCCGCUGCCGCUGCUGCUGGUGGUGAUAAAAAACCAGACGCUGAGAAGAAACCUGAAGAGAAGAAAGAAGAGAAAAAGCCACCUAAAGAGAGUACGGUGGUUUUGAAGAUUAGAACACAUUGCGACGGUUGCAUUCACAAAAUUAGGAAAAUCAUCUUGAAAGCCGAUGGAGUUCAAUCGGUCAACGUUGAUGGAGCUAAAGAUUUGGUAACCGUAAAAGGCACAAUGGACGUGAAAGACCUCGUUCCUUAUCUCAAGGAGAAGUUGAAACGAAGCGUCGAAGUGGUUCCCCCUAAGAAAGACGACGCAGUUGAGAAAAAGGACGGCGGAGAAAAGAAAGAGGCCGGCGGUGACAAUAAAGAGAAAGGAAAAGAAGCUGCUGCCGGCGGCGAGAAGAAGGAAGGUGGUGAAGCGAAGGUAGAGGUGAACAAGAUGGAGUAUCAUGGAUACGCGUAUCAGCCACAGCCAAUGUAUUGGCCUGAUGGACACGUGUACGGUAGUACGAGUUACGCGGUUGAGGGAUAUCAGAAUCAUCCGCACGAGUACGGAUACGUUAAUCAGGGAUACAUGAAUAUGAACCAGGGGUAUAUGCAUCCUGGGUAUGUGAAUCAAGCGUACAUGAUGGACCCGCGGCAUCACCUUCACGCCCCGCAGAUGUUCAGUGAUGAGAAUCCGAACGCGUGCUCGGUCAUGUGAGAAGAAGGGAUGAUGGAAAUCAACGGUGGUUGAUGAAAAACAAAUCAAGAUUUAGGGGGAAAAAGGACAAAUGUAAAUAACAGAAUUUUCUAGGGAGAGAAAAGUAAUUUAAUUGGAAAUACUAGAAUUUUGGAAUUAUCGAUCAUCGAAUAGGUUAGAAGUUUAAGGGAUGAACCGGCCGAGCCGGGUUUGUUGUACUCAUUGGUUGUUUUGUUUCCUUUGCUCGUUCCAUUUCUAAAUUUAUUAUUAAUAAAAAUUUGUGUUAAAAUUUCGUAAAUAUAAAAAUA